CCUGCCUCUUAGGAAAGAUAAUUCAAUGCUUUUAUUUCAUUUACCGAUGUCUUUUCCCGUGUCAUUCUGUCUCACCUUAUUUAUCAGUCUAUAUCUAUAUCUCACAAACUAUUACUAUCAUUCUUUCUCAUUGCCCACCACCCUCUCACACUAUGCCCCCUAUCGCCAACGCCGGAGGCUGAUGUGGAGAGAUACCAUGAACGCAGUAAAAGCGUUGGUACCAUGAUUUUUCUUCUUUGCCUCAUCGUCAAAAUCCUGGCCCCACCGCAACCACUGUUCAAGUAUUCUCAUUUCAUACAUAGUAGUAACUCCUUAAAACUUGUAUCCUACUAUAUAUAGCAUUGCAAACAUACACCAUCACCACAUCUCUCCUUACAUCAAUAUCCAUGGCACUCAAAACCCUAACCUCCACACCCGUUCUCUUCCUCCUCCUCCUCGGCUUCUCAGCCGCAUCCACGCCUCGCCCCCGGCCGCGACCCUGCAAGCGAAUGGUCCUCUACUUCCACGACAUACUCUACAACGGCCACAACUCCCACAACGCCACAUCCGCGAUCGUGGGAUCGCCGGCCUGGGGCGACAGGGUCACCCUGGCCGGCCAGAACCACUUCGGGAACGUCGUCGUUUUCGACGAUCCCAUCACGGUAGACAACAACCUCCACUCGCCGGCGGUGGGGCGGGCGCAGGGAUUCUAUCUGUACGACAAGAAGGAGAUUUUCACUGCGUGGGUAGGGUUUUCUUUCGUCUUCAAUUCGACGCAGCAUAAGGGCUCCAUCAACUUUGCUGGGGCAGAUCCGUUGAUGAACAAGACGAGGGAGAUUUCGGUAAUUGGCGGAACGGGAGAUUUCUUCAUGACCAGAGGAGUGGCGACGCUUAUGACUGAUGCGUUUGAAGGAGAGGUUUAUUUUAGGCUUCGUGUUGAUAUUAAUUUGUACGAGUGUUGGUAGAAUGUUUUACUAUAUUUGAUGAAUUUAACAGUUGUGGGUUUUUUUUAUUACUAUAUGUUUGUUUGAUUUUUUCACAUCAAAUUGUAACAACUCUUAUUUUGGCCAAGAAUAAGGACAAGGCAUAAUCUUGAUGGAUCUCUUAA